CUGAAAUGUAUAUGAAAUAUUUUGUUCUAAUAAUUUUCUCAAUUUUUUUGUAACAAAUUGAAUGAUCAUUUUGUUUCAAUUAUCUGUUUAAAUUAUCUGCAUGACAUGUAAUUUUCUUUUUUAUACUCUUUUUUUUGGAUGAUCUUACUUUUCACGAGCUUAAUUUAAUGGGUUUCAGAACACUUUCACAUUGUUACAGUUGUGCAGUUUCCAUUGUUACUUUACGUGACUUUCGUAGUAUCGAUCUUUUCUAACCUUAUAAGUGAUAGGUGAUAUCACUACAGAAUGUAAAUCAAAUUUUGUCCUGAAGUAUCAUUGAUAGAAACGAAUUUAAUAAUAAUAUGGGACUAAUUUAAGAAGUUAACGUAACAAAAUAAAAGGCUAUUUUAAAAGAAUCAACAAUGUCGAAUAGUAUAUUGUUAAAUAUCUCGGAAAGUUUAAAUGCAUCUGAAGCUGCGCUUCGUCUUCUUAUCUCCAUAUUACUUGGAUUACCGAUCGCUCUUCUUCACAGAUAUAUUUUAUACGGAAAAUGUCCAGUUUGUCAACAUAUAUUUUUCGCAACUUGUGGCGUUUUGAUUUGCUUAUGGAAUUAUGGACUUAACAUACUCCAUUCAGCAGCGACAGUGUACGUUACUUAUCGCGUCUUAAAACGCCUUGGUGGUUCAUCCUUGUCUAUUAUUAUUAUUUUCAUCUUCAAUAUGGCUUAUCUCCUAUGUGGAUAUUAUAUGACAAGUACAGAUGACUAUGAUAUAAAGUGGACUAUGCCACAGUGCGUAUUAGCUCUGCGAUUAAUUGGUCUCUCAUUCAAUUUACUAGACGGUCAAAAACCUGAAAAUUCUGUGAAUUCUGUGAAGGAAGAAAUUAAACUUCAUGAUUGCAUUAUUCCUGGUAUUUCUCGAAUGUUCCUCGGAUUCAUAUACUUGAUAUUCUAUCAAUUAGGGACUUCAUACAUUCCCAAUCAAUAUCUAUUGAGUGCAGAAUUCCAGGAACAGACAUUUUUUAAACGUCUUUUCACAAUUGGCUUCUGGGGCCAUAUCAAUCUUUACAAAUACAUUUGUUGCUGGUUGUUAGCUGAAGGGGUUUGUACAACUUUUGGUUUGACAUAUAAUAGAAAGAAUAAGGAUGGUCGUCCGUUGUGGAACGGUUGUGAGAAUGUGAAGUUGUUGAAAUUUGAAACAGCAAGUCAUUUUAAUGAUUACAUUUUGUCAUUCAAUAUAAAUACCAAUACUUGGUGCGCGGAAUAUAUUUACAAGAGGUUGAAAUUCUUGGGUUCGAAAAUAUAUAGCCAGUUUUUCACUCUGGCUUUCCUCGCAGUAUGGCAUGGAUUUCAUUCAGGAUAUUAUUUAUGCUUCUUCCUUGAAUUUAUGAUCAUGUUCGCUGAGAAAGAUUUGACUCAAAUAUUGACGAAGCAGCAGAAAUUACAAAGUUUCUUAGACAGUCAUCCAGCACUUCAAAUACUUAUAAGGAUUCUAAUGAUGAUGCACACAUUUGUUUUUAUGGGUUAUAGUCUCAUUUGUUUUAUAUUUUUAUCUUACCCUCGUUAUCAUCAGGUUUAUUCUUCCGUUUAUUAUUGUGGUCAUAUAAUAUAUUUGUCCUAUCCUUUUAUUUCUAUACUCAUCAAGACAUUUCUUUUUAAAAAACGUCCCAAGAAACUUGAGUAAUAUAACAAAAUUUUACAAAAGUUUUAUUGUUUUAUUCAUGAUAUUAAAAAAAAGAGGGGGAAAUGGGAAACAGGGAAUGGGAAAUAAGGAAUAAUAAGAAAUACUUUGUCUUUAAUCGCACAUAACUUGUUAAAGUACAAGAAUAUUUACAAACUAUUUUUGAAGAGCGUUAAUUACGAUAAUAAAAUAUACAAUAAAUUUUGUAUGGAUGUUACAGAGGAUUGCAAUUUUCGUAAAAACGAAAAAAAAUUUAUAUUAAAAUUUUUUUUUAGAAAUAA